AUGGUCGCGUAUGGGAAGGCUUCAUGGGAGCUUAGGGACAAGUCAGACCUCGUCAUGUCGGUUAUAAUCGAUGAUGAUCACAUAAACGGCGUGAUCAGCCUCUGGAAACAGGAUAUUGGUCCAGAAACCGUGGAGGAACUAGUGGUUAUCGGAAUUGCGAAGCUCGAGGAGUAUAAGCGAUUGAUGCGAACGUCGAUGAGUUAUCCUAAGGGGGAAGAAGUUGAAUAUACCGAUGAAAAUCGGUACCGUACUACAAAUGAAGAGAAGAGGUACUUGGAUAACAGUAAUGGCGACUUCCUCUCUGAUUAUCGUCAGGCGGCGGAGACCCAUCGCCAGGUCCGUCAGUGGGCCCAGAAGAGUAUCAAGCCUGGCCAAUCCCUCAUCGAGAUCGCUAACGGCAUCGAGAACAGCGUUCGUCAACUCACCGGACACGACGGUUUGUCUGAAGGCGAUUCGCUCAUUGCCGGCAUGGGGUUCCCUCUUGGGCUGAACCUAGAUGAUAUUGCCGCCCACUUCAGCCCGAAUGCAGGCGAUAAGACUAUUCUCCAACGGAAUAAUGUUAUGAAGGUGGAUAUUGGAGUCCACGUCAAUGGCCGCAUUGUCGAUAGCGCCUUCACCAUGUCUUGGGACCCCACAUACGAUAACCUCAUCGCAGCCGUAAAGGAUGCGACCAACACAGGCAUACACGAAGCCGGAAUCGACGUUCGGCUCGGCGAACUCGGCGGCCUGAUUCAAGAAACCAUGGAAAGCUACGAAUGCGAGAUUAAUGGGGUGAAUUACCCGAUUCGGCCGAUCAGAGGCCUUAGCGGCCAUAAUAUUCUGCGCUAUAGCAUUCAUGGCGCUAAGAGCGUGCCCUCCGUGUUAACCGACGACCCUACUAAGAUGGAGGAGGGCGACGUCUUCGCUAUCGAGACUUUUGGGUCAUACACGGCUCAGUUUGAGCACGGCAUAAAGACUAUCCUACUUAGGCCUACUGUAAAGGAGGUCAUUACCCGUGGAGAUGACUACUAG